GCCUGUCAUGCGGCACGCUAGCGCCUCGAGGAGGUCGGUUUGUAAGGGGUUGGUCAGCGUUGAACGGAAGUACGCGUGCGUAGAUGGGGUUGACGCUUCUCGUGAUGCGUUGAAUUCUAGCGCUACGGACAGAGCUUGCUUCGCUGUGCGUCAACGAAUUCUGUGAGGGUGGGGGAGCAGGACUUUCUCGUCACUGGACUCGGAACCUCAGGUUGGAGGAGAAAGGGAUGGCAAGUUCAGAGUUGGGUUGUCCGAAGAGCCAGACUGCUGGAGAACGGGAAGAGGGCAAGAAGCCAGACCAGAGAUCCUCCAGCUGUGACAAAAACAUCCAAGAUGCAUCCCUUGGAAAUGGAAAAAAGGACCUUGGGGACAAGGUAAAAGAGAACCAGCCCCCUCCCAUCCAGUCCCAGCCAGGGGUGUGUUGGGCUUGCCCAGACGGCACGUUUGUCAAGCUGGUUCUGAAGGCUGGGACAGGUUUAGAUAAACCAAAGGAAGGGUCCAUCUGCCAGGUCUUCAUUGAGGCCAGUUCUGAAGGGCCCUUGAGCUACCCAUCCUGCAGGUGGGCUGAAGUGGAGCUGGGCGGGGGCGAUGCCGAGUGGGACAGUGUGGUGGACUGUGGUCUGGAAACCAUGCUGGCAGGGGAACAGGCGGAACUGAGGUUGACAGGAGGCGGCACCAUCACCGUCCAGCUGGCAAACUUCACUGAGGCCAAAGACUCGUGGGAGAUGAGCGCAAGUGAAAAGUGGGACUUGGUUCUCAGCAAUAAAGAGCAUGGAAGCGAGCUGUACAGGGCAGGAGCCAUUGGCGCGGCGGCCAGGCGCUACGCUAGGGCCUUGCGCCUGCUCGUGGUGGCUGCUCCUCCCCCAGAUUACGACCAGAUCAAGGCGGAGCUUCACACCAACUUGGCCGCCUGUCAGCUACGGCUGCACCAGCCGGCCAACGCGGCUCGCAACUGUUCCAAGACUCUGGUGCUCCAGCCGGCCAACACCAAGGCCCUGUUUCGUCGAGGCCUGGCUUACGAUGCCAUGAACGACUUGGAGGGGGCAGCCCAAGAUCUCAAGGGAGUUUUGCGGGUCGAGCCAGGAAACCGAGCGGCUCGCCGGGAACUAGAAAGGGUUACCGAGCGGAUCCGGGCACGAGAUGCUAGAUUGGCUCAGGCCAUGCAGAAAAUGUUUGCCUGAAUAAAAUAAUUUUACUGUGUCAGCAUUUGUGGAUCGCAUUUUCAUUGUAUUCAGGUGGGCAACCGGAAAGAGAAAGAGCCGGUGCAUGGCACUGUGAAAUUUGUGGCUGAGAAGGAUUUAGGCUUCGGUGUCUUUGCAGCCAAUCCAACACCAUUUGCUUUAUCCCUCUGACUUUCUUACGUAUGGAAAAUUAGACUGAAUACAUCACAUGCUAUCACACAGGCUCGCUAAAUAAAAAUAUGAAAUUGGCCCUUGGCGCUCCAGUUCCUAUGGUGUUAAAAUAAGCACCUGUUUAAUCCUCAUGAGAAAUAUGUGGGUUGUACUUAGUGGAAUCUCAGCAAUUCAAGGGACCUUUAUGAGACAAUUGGAAGUACCGCAGAUAAAAUAGAUGACAAUUCCCAUAUUCCUUCUCCACAACUCGGGCUCAAAGCUUGACGUAUGUUGUGAUUCUAGGAUCACACUGUACAAGUCCAAACAAGGAAUUUUAUUUGAGAGUUUGCACAGAAGCCACUAUCCUCAAGGUAUUAGACUUUAUAUUAAUGCCAAGUUUUUUCAAGACAAAUUUCUAAUCAUUUCAGUUGUGCAGAUUAGCAAGAAAACACACUGCUUUCAUAAAAUCAGAGGAACAGCAGAAAAGAAGGACGUUCAUUGCGGAUAAGGCUUCCAAGUUUGAUGGGUAUUUGGGGUCCUCCCACAGUUAGACAAAUUAGACUAAAUGACUCCAUUUUCAGUAAAGAAGCAGCAUCUUCAGGGCUGCUUUGAAUCUCGUUUUUGUAGCCCAUUAAAGCUUACUCUUCAUGCCAUUUUGGGGAAGGAGGGGAGAAACCGAAACCAUCUUGAGUUAUUUAUAAAAAUAAUAAAGGCUGGAUAAAAAAAAAAUCUUUAAAAAAAUGCUAUUUUGAAAACCUGCAUGCUGGAAACCAAAGCGAAGUAGCAAAGUAUGUGCAAAUUUAUACCGAAAGCAGAAUUUUGGGAGUGGCACUUGCUUGCACGGGGAGGAAGGAAUCUUAAUAUAUAAAAUCCAUAUUAAAAGGAAACCUUGCGGGCAAGAUACUCAGCAGGAGAUUCUGCCGUAGUGAAGCAAAGCCAAAAUCUCCUGUUCUCCUUAACUAUUAUUAUAGGUUUUCCCAGUUCCCUCCAUGCUCUCCUCGGGCUGUCACGUGCCCAGCGAUUGCUUUGAAUCCAUACAUAUCCCUUUUUGCGGUUUCCAAGCAACCAUCUCCUAAGAGACCGCAGAACUUGGGAAACUCGGAUUGGGGAUGCUAAGCCAAAGGGGGGGAAAGUGGGGGAGGAGGUGAGAAAAGAUUGAUUGGGGUGAGGGAAGGGAGGUUGAACCUUCCGCUCGCUUGCAUCCAUCUGGAUGUCAAUGCAGGAGUUGAAAUCAGCCAGAAGCAGGAAAGAAAAAAACAGUGAGGAUGUUGUAAUGGGGUAGAAAGGCCCUACCUCUUCCGACAAAUGGCCCACAAACCCAUUCGGGGGCACAAUGGGGUUUAAAUACAAUUACGUAGGAUGCUGGCAAUCAAUCAAGUGUCUUUAUUAAUUAACAGAGAUUCUGUAACCAUGUCACUUGCAAACAGAGAUAGAAUAUAGAGUCCAACAUCGAAGGGAAAAAAAAAAGGAGGGAAUGAAUGGGAAUGAAUUCAUAUGACAACAUGAGAUUUGGCACAGAUGAGAGACGACGGGAGGCCUUAAAAGUGAGAAAUAACGCAAAACUUUUCUACAUGGAAGCCUCCCCAUAGCCUGAUCCCUGAAACAUACAGUUUUGAGUGCCCAUUAAACCAUCCAACCUUUUUGGUCAAUGCAACUUAAGAGUUGAUCUACUUGUUACACAGAAUGAGGCGUGUCGAAGUCUGAAUUGUGUCAUGUCCAUUUGUAAAUCAGAGGAGUUGUUUUUGUAAAUUGUUCUCCCCUGUUGAUAUCAAACUACUUGCAUGUAAUAAACUAGCACCUCAAAAAGACAGCAUCGGUCUCUCUUCUCUGCUAAUUUACUACCUGCAGGGACGUUCAUAGAAAAGAGUAUUCAAAAAUAUCUUACAUUCACUUCCAGACAGAAACUAUAAGGUAAGAUAUCCAUAUCUAGUGGAUCAUACAGAAUGUCUCCAAGAGUCAGUUUGUACAUCCCCGAAGUGGUGGAUUACAGACCAUGGUUUGAUUACAGACCAUAGGUGUGGGUUGCAAUUUUAAAUAUUUUUCCCAAACCUCUCCCUGGAAAGCUAGCUACAGCAAUAGCUAAAAUAGCUCACUCCUUCUCUUGGCCAACUACCAUGCUGUUCUAUUUAUUAUAUUUUUUUAACUAAGCCUGAGGUAGGUUAGGGUGAGAGAUGAUCAUACAAGUCAGCGUUGUAGCCAAGUAGGGACCUAAACCUUGUCUAAACCCAGUUGUCUAAUGUACUACCUUGGUUCUACCCGCUGGGUAAUAUUUAAAGUAGGGGAGAAAAAAAAAUUAUUUACACUCCUUUGAUCUGUAAGGGUAUAGUCCAUCCUAUUGUCUCACCACCACAUUCAGACCAGACGUCACUCCUUCACUCCUUUAUUUCAGAUAUGAUGCUGUGAAAACAUCUUCCCUGGAAACUUUCUCUGGAUUUUCCUCUUGGCUGGACAUUACCUGCUUACUGGAAAGGGCCCUGUUGGACUCCCCUAUCAGUGGAGAGUUGGAUCUUUUGCUACAUCUUUCCUCCUCCGGUUACUUUUCACCCUCUCACCCUGUCUUUUUAGAAAGGAUCUUGCAAUGUUUUCUUAUGGUAUUUUGCUGGCUGCUGUCUAGCAAUUCUUAUUACUGUAAUGUAUUUCCCCCUUCACCCUUCCUUCCUUCCUUGCUUCCUUGCUUCCUUGCUUCCCCUCCCAUCUGCUUUCUUUUCC